AAUACUUUUAUUUGUUUACUUUAAUGUUUGUGCAAUAAUUUGCUGGAUUUUGAUGGGAUUUUCCGUGUGAAUUAGGCCCCGAGGAUGUUUGGCGAAGAUAUCAACAACUAUCAUUUGCGCACCGUGAUGCGAGAGACCAAAUCUACCGUCGUUCACUUGGCACAAUACAAACAAAAUGGUCAAUUUCUCGUCAUCAAACGCUCCAAAGAGCCCUCGCCGACGGAAUUUCAGCUCACACAGAACGAAAUUGCCGUGAUGCGUCAAUUAAACCACCCGAACAUCCUGAAACUCGAGUCAGCGUUCGUGCAUGGACUCGAUAUUUAUCUCGUGCAUCGCUGCAUGAAAUUCGGAUCGUGCAAAGAUGUGAUGGAUCGCUUCCUGAUUGUGGGCUUCCCGGAAAAUGUCGCCAGCAUAAUUGCUCGUGACGUGCUCCUUGCCAUCGAUUACUUGCAUAAACGCGGUUACGUUCAUCGCUCGAUUCGGGCAAGUCACAUUUUGUUGGAUGACAUUGCCGUCCUCACCGGGUUUAAAGAAGCUGUGAAUAUGAUUCAGAAUGGGAAACGCGUGAGACAAUUGUACAGCCUUGCUGAAUCGCCGAAAGAACUGAUUUGGGCAGCGCCAGAAGUGCUCGAGCAAAACUUGUGUGGCUACACGGAAAAGUCUGAUAUUUACAGUUUUGGCAUCACGAUGUGCGAAUUGGGCAAUAACAUCACGCCGUUCCAAGAAAUGGGCAACACAUUGAUGUUGACGGAGAAACUCAAGGGGAAUCAACCUUCGUUAUUGGAUUGCUCGACAUAUGCCGUCGAUACAACUCUCGAAGAGGAUGGCGCCAAUGCUGAUGGGGAUAUGGUCAAUUGUUUCGCAACUCGUAAAAUAUACGCAAAUCGGAAAUUGUCUGAUCCAUUUCAUAAUUUCGUGGAAAUUUGUCUGCAACGAGAUCCCAAUGCUCGUCCAAGUGCGGAUAAAUUAUUGGGACAUCCAUUUAUUAAACAAUCAAAAUACACAAAUUUACGCCAGGAAUUGGGAGAAGAACUGAAAAUUGAUACGUUAAAUGCCAUUUUCAAUAUUCCAGAUAGUGAGUUGUCGGCGAUGAUCGAUAACAUGCAGAACGUUGCAAUAAACAAUAUCACGGAUUUCGAAUGGAAUUUCUAGAUUUUUUGUUUAAGUUUUUAUUGUAUAUCAUAAAAAAUUGUUAAGUAUGUGUUAUUAUUAAUAAUUAAUUAUAAUAAUAAUAAUUAAAAUUGAAAGAACAAACAGAAAUACUUUUAAAAAUGCAUUCAAUACAUAUUGA